CUUUUGAGGAUUAGUGUUUUGAGUACUGUUUUUGUUUUGCUGUGAGAUUGUACUGUCUAAAAUUUUUAUGCGCGCCGUUUGAUUUGCUAGUGCUGAUGUCAACAGGCAGAACCACGAAUAAAAAAAGCUAGUGCUGGGUGUAAACAAAUAAUUAAACAAAAGAAAAGUGUUUGUAUGAAUAGCGUGAUACGAUGCGAAGUGCUGCUCUGGGCCGCAGUUCAAAUUCUCGAGCUGGCUGGUGAUGAAGGUGAUGGUAUUCGUGAAUAAACAGCAAUCAGCAGCAGAGCAACAACAAAAAAGAAAAUAAGCGGAGAGAAGAGAAAAUAAAAAAUAAACUUCGCCAUAUUGAAUUGCGAGAACUCUUGUGAUAAGUUUCAAAUUUUGCCUGCCAGAAUAAAGGUUCGGUUCCUGCUUCCCGAAGGUCCGGUGGAGUGCGAGUGAAGUGCUGUUCCGGAGUUCUACGAUGAAAUUGACACAGUGAUUGAAUGUGGAAUCAUGCUCAGCAGCUAAAGGAGUGACUGCUAAAGAUUAUUGUGGAAUCGGUCUAUACGUCGUAAAAUUAGAAGAACAUUUUAAGCAGGGGAUCUGUGUCGAAAAGAACAUCGCCCCUAAGCAGUAUAGUGUCACAAAGAAAGUGCUGAAGAAUAAUUCUAUAGUGAAUAAAAAGCUGGAGCUUCAGGGAUCAGACGGUUCGAAAACCAUUCAAAAACGUCGAUCUACGAGAAGGGCCAAGGGGCAGCAGCGGUGUAACAUGAAAAGUGCAGACAAGAUGAACCAAGUAGUGUCCAGAUAUAGAUUCGAGAAAACGUACAUAAUUCCCGAAGAUGAAAUAUCCAAGAAACUACCCAAAGAGAUAUUGUUGCGAAUUUUAUCCUAUCUUGACGUCACCUCGCUAUGCCGAUGUGGUCAGGUAUCCCGGUAUUGGAAUAUCCUAGCCCUAGAUGGUUCGAAUUGGCAGAAAAUCAAUCUGUUUGAUUUUCAGAGAGAUAUUGAGGGUACGGUUAUCGAAAACAUUUCGCUGCGGUGCGGCGGUUUCCUGAAAUAUCUCUGCCUCCGUGGCUGCCAGUCCGUUGGAAGCCAAUCGAUUAGAACCCUUGCUCAACACUGCCAUAACAUUGAACAUCUAGAUUUGGCCGAAUGCAAAAAGAUAACCGACGUUGCCAUUCAACCGCUCAGCAAAAACUGCAGUAAACUGACCGCCAUCAACCUCGAGUCCUGCUCGGAGAUCUCUGACUGUAGCCUAAAGGCACUAUCGGACGGGUGUCCAAAUCUCACAGAAAUUAACGUUUCCUGGUGUAAUCUGAUUACGGAAAAUGGUGUCGAGGCUAUAGCCAGGGGUUGCAAUAAAGUUAAAAAGUUUAGUAGUAAAGGUUGCAAACAAGUGAACGACAGAGCUGUUAUCGCACUAGCGUUAUUUUGUCCUAAUAUUGAAGUUUUAAAUCUACACAGCUGUGAAACUAUAACAGAUGCAUCCGUGUCGAAGAUAGCAGAAAAGUGCAUCAAUCUCAGGCAACUAUGCGUGUCCAAAUGUUGUGAGCUCACGGAUCACACACUGAUAGCACUAGCAACCUACAAUCACUAUCUCAACACUCUCGAAGUCGCCGGUUGCACUCAGUUUACCGAUUCAGGAUUCAUUGCAUUAGCUAAGAACUGUAAAUAUCUGGAACGAAUGGAUCUGGAGGAAUGUAGUCAAAUAACUGACGCAACACUGUCAAACCUCGCAGUGGGAUGUCCCAGUCUGGAGAAAUUGACUCUAUCACACUGCGAACUGAUUACCGACGAAGGCAUCCGGCAGCUGGCUGCCGGCGGUUGCGCUGCAGAAAGUCUCUCCGUCCUGGAACUGGACAACUGUCCACUGAUAACCGAUGCAACGCUCGAACAUCUAAUAUCCUGUCACAAUUUGCAGCGGAUAGAACUCUACGACUGCCAACUAAUAUCUAGAAAUGCUAUCCGUCGGCUGAGGAACCAUCUACCAAAUAUAAAAGUACAUGCGUACUUUGCUCCAGUGACACCGCCACCGACCUCAAACGGACCACGACCCCGGUAUUGUCGUUGUUGUGAGAUUCUCUGAGAUCAGGCAAUUGGCUUAGCCAGAAAAGUUCUCUGUAGGAGUAGAGAUGACUGAUAUUUAUACUUAUAAUUUAUACUUAUGAUUCUUAAAUGAGCAAGGAUGGGAAGUAAGAACCUUGGCAGCAUUAAAUUACUCACGGAACAAACAUUUUAUUCAUGAGAAA